AUGAAUGAAGAUGAUCGCAUAGACAUCGACAGCCGGCCCGGUGAACAACCUGAAGAGACCGAAAGUAAAAGAAAGCAGAGGUUUGAGGUGAAGAAAUGGACCGCUGUGGCGUUCUGGUCGUGGGAUAUAGUGGUGGAAACAUGCGCUAUUUGUCGUAACCAUUUGAUGGAGCCAUGUAUUGAAUGCCAGCCAAACAACAUCAACAAAACAUCAGAGGAGUGUAUUGCCGCAUGGGGAGUGUGCAAUCACGCCUUCCACAAGCAUUGUAUCGAGAGAUGGUUGAAGUCUAGACGGGUUUGUCCAUUGGACAACAAAGAAUGGACAUUCCAGAAGUUUGGCACAUGA